AUGGUGAAGCUGGCAGUCCAGGGAACACACCUUAAGAACUUCUGGUCUAAACUGAUUCUCUCAACGACCCUAGAUAGUAAUCGCGCGGCAGCCAUGGUGAGCGAGUCCCCGGGGCCCGGAGCCCGGGUCCCCUGGCGGCGAAGCGACGAGGCGCUGCGCGUGAACGUGGGCGGCGUGCGGCGGCGGCUGAGCGCCCGCGCCCUGGCGCGCUUCCCGGGCACGCGGCUGGGCCGCCUGCAGGCCGCGGCGUCGGAGGAGCAGGCGCGACGCCUGUGCGACGACUACGACGCGGCGGCGCGCGAGUUCUACUUCGAUCGGCACCCGGGCUUCUUCCUGAGCCUGCUGCACUUCUACCGCACCGGCCGCCUGCACGUGCUCGACGAGCAGUGCGUCUUCGCCUUCGGCCAGGAGGCCGACUACUGGGGCCUGGGCGAGAGCGCGCUGGCCACGUGCUGCCGCGCGCGCUACCUGGAGCGGCGCGUGGCACGACCGCGCGUCUGGGACGAGGACAGCGACACGCUGAGCAGCGUGGACCCGUGCCCCGAAGAGAUCUCUGACGUGCAGCGAGAGCUGGCACGCUACGGGGCGGUGCGCUGCGGCCGCCUGCGCCGCCGCCUCUGGCUCACCAUGGAGAACCCGGGCUACUCGCUGCCCAGCAAGCUCUUCAGCUGCGUCUCCAUCGGCGUGGUGCUCGCCUCCAUCGCCGCCAUGUGCAUCCACAGCCUGCCCGAGUACCAGGCCCGCGAGGCAGCGGCCGCCGUGGCCGCGGUGGCCGCGGGCCGCAGGGUGGAAGGUUUGCGCGACGACCCGGUGCUGCGGCACCUCGAGUACUUCUGCAUCGCCUGGUUCAGCUUCGAGGUGUCGUCGCGCCUCCUGCUAGCGCCCAGCACGCGCAACUUCUUCUGCCACCCGCUCAACCUCAUCGACAUCGUGUCCGUGCUGCCCUUCUAUCUCACGCUACUGGCUGGCGUGGCACUCCGAGACCGGGGCGGAGCGGGUGGCGAGGAGCUGGGCGACCUGGGCAAGGUGGUGCAGGUGUUCCGUCUCAUGCGCAUCUUCCGCGUGCUCAAGUUGGCGCGCCACUCCACUGGGCUGCGCUCGCUGGGUGCAACGCUCAAGCACAGCUACCGUGAGGUGGGCAUCUUGCUGCUGUACCUGGCCGUGGGUGUGUCUGUGUUCUCCUGCGUGGCCUACACAGCCGAGAAGGAGGAGGAUGUGGGCUUUGACACCAUCCCGGCCUGCUGGUGGUGGGGCAUGGUGAGCAUGACCACCGUGGGCUAUGGGGAUGUGGUGCCGGUGACAGUGGCUGGCAAGCUGGCAGCGUCGGGCUGCAUCCUCGGGGGCAUCCUGGUGGUGGCGCUCCCCAUCACCAUCAUCUUCAACAAGUUCUCCCACUUCUACCGAUGCCAGAAGGCCCUGGAGGCUGCCGUGCGCAACAGUGACCACUGGGAGUUUGGGGACUUGCUGAGCAGCGUUGACGGAGUGUCGGAGGCAUCUCUGGAGACCUCCCGAGAGACCUCGCAGGAGGGAAGAUCUGAAGACCUGGAGGUCCAGGCCACUAGUGGGCCUCCAAACUCUCAGGUUUAUUAA